CCGUUUUGAGAUUGUGGAACUGGAGAAGUGAAGAUUUAGAGUGAGAGUCGUCCUAGGUUUUGUGCAGAAGAUGGGGCUCUCAAAGUUUGAUGUGAUAUUGGUUUUUAUGGUUGCCUUGCUCGCAACACCUGCACUCUCCGAUCUGGUCCUCUCCAAGGUUGAUCGUCGGGUUGAUUUAACUUCUCAGGUUGUACGCAUCACUUCAACUCUUAAGGUGGAGAAUGCUGGGUCUGAUUCAGUUUCAGAGAUUCUAUUGGUCUUUCCAGAGCUCCAGAUAAAACACUUGGCAUAUUUGACAGCUACGCGCAAUGAAGGGAAGGGAAAAGGAAAAGGGUCUGCUGUUAGUCUUCCUAUCAAAGCAGUUAACCCUAAUGGAAUGCCCCCGGCCUUGAGCUUUUAUUCAAUAACAUUACCCUCAGCGUUAGGGAAGGGAGACAGCUUGAUUUUGGAGGUCUUCGCCGUAUUCACUCACUUAUUGCAACCAUUUCCUGAGAAAAUCACUCAGGCUGAUGUUCAGCUUGUUGUGUUCUCAGAAAGUGCAUAUUAUCUCUCUCCUUAUGCAGUUAAUAUCCAGUCUCUCAAUGUUAAAUUGCCUGAUGGUAGAGUUGAAUCUUACACAAAAGUGGAGAAUAUGAAGAUGGAUGGCUCAGAGAUCAAAUAUGGUCCUUAUGAGAACCUCCCUCCUUUCUCAUACAGACCCAUAGCUGUUCAUUUUGAGAGCAAUCAACCAUUUUCUGUGGCUGAGGAGUUGUUGCGAGAAAUAGAAGUUUCCCACUGGGGCAAUGUGCAGGUCACAGAGCACUAUAGAGUUGUCCACCGAGGUGCUCAAAGUAAGGGUGAAUUUUCAAGGCUUGAUUAUCAGGCCAGGCCCAACAUCCGAGGUGCACCAUCCUUUAGACAUCUUCAUGCCAAAUUACCACCCAGAGCUCAUUCAAUUUAUUAUAGGGAUGAAAUUGGCAAUAUAUCAACAUCGAAAGUAUGGCAUGAUUCAAAAAAGACAGAACUAUUAAUUGAGCCCAGAUAUCCAAUGUUUGGUGGUUGGAGAACUUCUUUCACCAUUGGAUAUGGCUUGCCACUUCAAGACUUUUUGUUUGCAUCUGAAGGAAAGCGGUUUCUGAACAUCUCUUUUGGCUGCCCUAUGAGUGACCUGGUGAUUGAUAAUCUCAUUGUGAAGGUAGUGUUGCCUGAAGGAUCUGGAGAUAUCUCUGUUUCUACUCCAUUUCCUGUUAAACAGAGUGAAGAGACAAAGCUUUCCCACUUGGAUAUUGUUGGUAGACCAGUGAUUGUGCUUGAAAAAACAAAUGUUGUGGCAGAGCAUAAUCAGUAUUUCCAGGUCUAUUACAAGUUCAACAAACUCUCGAUGCUUAGAGAGCCACUAAUGUUGAUUUCAGGAUUUUUCUUUCUUUUCAUUUCUUGCAUUGCGUAUACACAUGCUGACUUGUCUAUUUCCAAGUCUUCUGCUUCUUAUUUGGCAAAACAGCAGUGGGAUGAGGUGCGGGCAGCCAUUCAACAGGUCCAGAAUAUCAUUAAUAAAUGCUUAGCAACACAUGAUAGGCUGGAAGCUUCACUGCGUGAUCUUUCGAGGACAGGGGAUGUUCAAGCUUGUAAAGCAGCUCGCAAAGCAGCUGAUGGUUUGUUGAAAGAGUUUUCAAAAGAGUUGAAGCCCUUACUAACAUUCUUGCACUCUUCUUCCUCUGCUUCCCAAAUAUAUCCGAAGGUUGAAGAGCUGAUUGCGAAGGAGAGGGAAUUGCAAGAAAGACUUAUGGGGAAACACUCAACGGUUGUGGAUUGCUAUGAGAAGAAAUCUGGGGGACGAGAAAUUGAGAAUCGAGUUGUGCCUCUGCAGCAGAGAAUCACAACUUUGAGGCAAGAGAUUGAUGAUAUUCUAGAAUUUUUUGAUGAGAUAUAAAGGAGUAUGUGAACAACCUACCCUCAGAUGAACUACCCAUGUUCGAAUUUUGCUGGUAUUUAAGGAGUAGAUAAUAGCUAACAGUUCUAAGUACCUGUUAAUUGGCCUUCUAUAUAACUGUUAGGCUUUGCAUGUGGGAAUUUCUAUCUUUGCGGAUUAAUUGCUAUUUGGGUCGUAGUGAAAAAAGAGGCAUUAUAGUACAAUUGUGGGCUUGGGGUUGUGUGGUCGUUGGAACUUGGAUGUGGCCUAUAGGCAGUUAAGUUAUACAAGGUGAAGCGGACUGAUUUAUAAACAAGUUAUUAUUUCUGUUGCUAUUAUCUUCCAAGCAA